CGCGAGCCCCAGACCGAGUGGAUCGAUCGAAAUGGCAGAGCAGAGACAUGCGGGUGAUGGAUCACAGAGAGAAUAUUCAGAUGUCUGUACAGCUGCACAGAAUUUAAUAGGUCUUCUGACCCAAAGCCUUGGUCAGAUUCAGUCAGCUCAGGGUCAGCAGCAGCAGCCACAACAACGACAGCAGCCUCCUGCUAUUUCUCAGCCUCGAAUAGAGCAGGAUAUGGCCAGAUCUUUUCCUGGGAUGUUUAAAAAAUCAAAGAAGAAAACUCCAAAUCCACAAAUACAUGUGAAAGCCACACCUUGGAAACCAUUUGCUGUUUCCAUAUAUUUAAUGAGCAGCAACACUGACACCUCACCCACACCUUCUGAAGAGCUUGAACUACUCCAGGCCGGACUAGGAAAACGGGUGAUUACAAUUUCAUCCAAUGUGAACCAUUCGGAUGUGGGAAUGGAAGAAGAAAGCUUACUGUUGUCCCUCCAGACUCAGAGGGUUAUACAGGCAGCCUUCUCAAAAUGGCUACCACCGCUGGAAGAACAGCACUGUAUAUGGUCCCUCUUCAAGAUGAGUUAUGUCUUGAUCCACUGCCAUUCUCAGCAGAAGAGUUUGCGAAGAUGCCAAAGACUACUGAAGAUGAUGAUGAUGAUGUAA